AUGCGUGACAUAUUAGAAAUUGGUCCUGUAGUGCAACAUUCACCAUAUGAAAACCCUAGCACGCUUGAUUCUGUCGCUAAAUGUCUGAAGAAACCGCAAGGAAAAUCGUUUGCACAAACUCUCAAAGAAGUAUGUGAUAUUCCUUCUUCCCAAUUUCCUCUACCCAUCAUUAAAGGGGAUAAACCCUCUAUCACCAUUCCUGAGGAUGAAUACAAAGCUGGGCUUGAAGAAUGCAAGGUUAAUCUCCAUGGCAGGGUGCUUUGGCCUAAAGGCACUACUCCCCUCACAGUGGUUGCGCUUCGAAAGAUAUUAACUCUGUUGUGGCCGGAGGUGAAGAAUUGGGGUGUUCAGUCUUUGGGAAAGGGUUUUUACGAAUUCACUUUUUCAAACACUGUAGAUAUGCGAAGGGUUCGAACUACUGGCUCCAUUAGUCUAAACCUAGGUUCUCUGAAAUUGUUUGCUUGGACAAGAGAUUUUAAUCUGACGAUACAAAAUAACACAUCUGCUCAUGUGUGGGUUCGUUUCAAUGGGCUCGCACAGGAGUAUUGGAGACCAAUGAUCCUCUUUGCUAUAGCAAGCUGCAUCGGGACACCGAUUUGCAUUGACUCUGCCUCAGUAAAAGCUAGGGUGGACUGA